UGUUUAAUUAAAAAAUGAUUAAAAACAUGGCUUGUUUACAUUCUGCGGAUACCGAAAAGAAAUUGUUACGCCGGUCUGAAAAUAACGUUUAAGUCAUUAUGUGAUAAGAUCUGUAGUCUGUUUUUAUUUCAAAUCGAAAAUAUUGUGCUGAGUAUGGUCUGCUGAAAAUACGAUUUUUAAAAUCCAGCAAAUACGAUGUUUAUAACAAAUUCAUGUUCAGUUAUUAAAUACAAAAUUUUAUAACUAAAAUGGAAGCAAGUCAUUAUAUAAAGAAGGACAUUGUAGAAGUAACCAAAAAAGAACGAAAUUUUCCUAGUCUAGAUCUGUCUACUACAUCUACGCUUACUGAGAACACCAAUCAACCUAUUUUAUUAAUACAAUCUCCAAAGACUCCAACUUUGUCAAGGAAACUUAAGGCUGUCAGCCUUGAUUCAGAUCCAACUCAAAAGUCAACAUUAGAAGUAUCUAGAGACGUUUUUUCUGUGCCCAACACCCCCAAGAAGCAAUUAAAACCAGUCAGUAUAAAAUAUAAUGAUGACAGACCUUUUCAAACGGCAUCUUUAACAUCUGACUUUCAUUCAGUAUCAAAUUUGAAAAAGUUCACUUCGAAUUCUAAUAUAUCAGGUUCCCAACUGCUUAAAACCCUUCCAGAAAUUAUGACCCUGCAGGAUUUUUCUGAUAGUCGUCCUGAGCCUGUGAGAAUAAAAACCAAGGGACUUUUAGAGCGUAGAGGAUCAAAUGCAAGUCUUACAAUUGAUUUGGGGAGUACUUCAAGGACAUUGGAUACCAAAGUAAUGCCCCUUAAAAAUUUUAACAAUAUCAAGAGUGUGUCACACAUCAAUUUGUCAACUGUUGGGGUAGAAAAGUGUUCUUGCAGUCUCCCCUCUUCUUGUGAAGUUAAAGCUAAUAAAAAAGCUGUGGCAAUUGUGGGAAGAUGUAGUGGAACUCUUCAAAAAUCUCAGCCACAAUUGGACAAAAUUGAUAUCAAUCCAAUUAAAACCAGUUCCCCAGAAGGCAAAACCGGUGUUUGCAAGAACCGUUGUUACACUUUCCAUAAAAAAUGCAAUUGCCUGUGCAAUUUUAAAUGUCGUAGAAAAUCGCUCUCGAACGAAAAUUUGUACAUCCCUCCCUGCAGUUUCUGUCAAUCCCGAAACGGUCCAACAAAAUGUGGUACCGCUGUAAGACACUGCAAAGGAUGUAAGAAAACAGUGUAUCCAAGGCAAGCGGGACUUUGUCAAUCUCAAGCCUUGUCAGAGGACUUUAAGUUGCACUUACAAAACGUGCAGUAUCUACAGACUGCAGGGAGUGUGUUGUCUUUAACUGAUCUUAAAAUGGCCUGUGAGCCAACUAGAGUUCCAAAGUUACAUCAAGAAUUUUGGGAAGUGCCAUUAAAUUUGCAAGAAAAGUGCAUAGUAUCUGGUAGUCAGAACAAAAACAGAUACAAAGGUGUUUUACCGAACGAACACAGUCGCGUUCACCUACUUGGAGAACGAGACUAUAUACAUGCCAAUUAUAUAAAGGGUCCAGAUUAUUUAGAAUCGUGUUACAUUGCGACACAAGGCCCAAUGUCUCAUACAUGUGAAGACUUUUGGGAAAUGGUUUGGAAUAACAAGAGUAAUUGUAUAGUAAUGUUAACGGGUCUCGUGGAAAAGGGUCGAAACAAGUGCGAGUUGUAUUUUCCCUUGGGUAGGACUUCGCCGAAUUCGCGUGAGAAAUCGUUCUAUUACGUGACAACAACCAAAGUGCAGGAUCGUUUCACUUUCGACUUCAAGAAUACAAAGAAAUACGAAGAGGAGACAGUUGCAUUCGAGGAACUAGAUGAGGUCACAUAUGGUAACUUUAGAAUUAAGUUUAUAAACAAAUUCGACUUGGGACAUUACUCUUUACGACUGUUAGAACUAUUCAAAUUAGACAGUGACGGAGACGUAAGAAAAAUUUAUCAUUACUGGUACUCCAAGUGGCAGGACCACAAGAUGGCCAGUCCCGAGGAGGUGCUUGAAUUGGCCCUGGACGUACUCACUAAAACUAACAAAAUAGACGGUAAUGAGAGAUCGAAAAACCCAAACGACACAAUUUCAGACAAUAAUAUUAGUCGUAAAUCGUCUUUAGACAACAACAAUCUGGAUAGCGUUUCGAAACAGCGUCCUAAAAAUAGUCAGGAUCUCAUCAGUAAUAACGCGAAAAAUAAUACGUCUGAGGACACGCGAAAAAUUUCGAAAGCUUUACGCACAUCAAACUGGCACAAGGAACUUGCCAAACUCCAAGAAGAAAUGGAAGAAAUUAAACAGAAUCUCCUCAAAAAAUCCCAAAGUGCGUUGGAUUAUUUCACGUCAUCGAAAGAUUUGAACGAGACGAGUAGCAAGAUCGAGAAUUUCAGUAAGAAAACAAACACCAAUAUUUUUUUUUCUUUAAAAACCCGCUCCAUGGCCCAAACCGAAUCUUUUGAUUUCGAUAAGACCUCAAAAGAGGAAGCGGAAUCUUCGUAUAACAACAACUUAAAAGUUAAUAAUACAGAGAAAAAUUCGGAAGACGAAACAGCCGUGGUGACCAAAAUUAGUCCGCGAGAUCAUGGUAAUCUUAAAUUCAAAUCUGUUUCUACUAAUGGCGAUUCUUCCGAAAUUUUCUUAAGGAACGAGACGGUCAGCAGACCGUUCUCUUCAAAAAUAUCGUCGGAUAGAGACUCGAGUUCUGACGACUUCCAGUCAGCUGACAGUUUGAGUUUAGAGUGUGAUCUAUCUUCUAGUCUAUUACCUAAAAAAUUUGCCGAGCUUCCUUCUUCUACCAUCGUGGUUCAUUGUAGCGCGGGUAUAGGUCGAACGGGAUGUUUCUUGGCGGUCUUGAACGGUAUACAACAACUGAGGAACAAUAGAAACGUUGACGUUUUGGCGAUUUUGUGUUCUUUAAGAUUGAACAGGGGCGGAAUGGUACAGACUGCUGAGCAGUACGAGUUAAUUCAUCGGGUUCUUAAGCUGUAUGCAGAGACUUUGUUAUAAAAUUUUCAGGAAGUUGACUAAUGUUAUUGAAGAUAAUUUUGUUUUUGUUUGUGGGCCCGUUUAGGAAUUAACAAAUUCAGAAUUUAGUUUACCAUUAACAUUUAUAAUUUCUGAAGACGUUUAAAAACUAAAUUCGAAAUAUUAACUGGUACAUGUCUCAUAGAUAAUUAGAAUUUUCUCUUAGGGAUGACGUUUUAAUUUUUUCCUUAUUUAUCAGAGAGAAUUAAUACGUAUAUGGCGAAAUUAAUAAAAAAUUAGUUCCUAACAGAUAUUUCCUAUACUAUAAAGUUAAUGAUGGGUAUUAAAGCCUCUUUCGUUUUUUAAUGACUACAUGUAAUUUUUCCUGAAGAAUAUUUCAUUUUUUGAAAUAAAAUGAUCAGGGUUUGCAAUUUAUAGGGCAGGCUUUCAUGUAAUCAUUAUGUCCUUGUUAUUAUUUAAUUGAUAACAUGUCUAAUAAAUAUUUUGUUAUCUAUUAAUUUUUCAAAAAUUGUUUAUUUAUAUUUUUUUCUUAAAUGGGACCAAAUUAUACCAUGUCAUAAUUAUUAUAUGUGGGUAACAUCAAAGAAAAAAAAAAAAAAACAAAGUGCAAACCCUAAUCAGUUGAUGAUUAAUAUUUUUUUAACUGCGAAAAUAACGACAGAUGUGAAUAAAUUGAGGAAUAGUAUUGUUUUUAGAGCAGCUUCUCACGUUGUCUUAUAAAUUAAAUGCAGAAUUUUAUUGCCCAAUUUCAUAUUCAAAAAUAGAGUGUUGUCUAUCUUAAUCAUGCCGUGCUUUUGUGAUAAUUUGUAGAAGUAGAAUUAGACGUUAAGAUAAACAUUCAUAUUACAUAAUCAACUUCUAAAAAGUACGAAAAAGAAAAACAAGUAAUACCGCAUUAUUUCUGGAGCAAUUAUUUCAAUUCUUGCUGCCGAUAAGGCCAAACUGUAGACAAAUUUCGAAAAUUACAUAUCUUAAAUUGAUACAGUUACGUACUAAACUUAUAUCAAUUAAAUAAAUGGUAUACUCAAUUCAAAAAGAGUCACAAAACUAUUUUUUGACUUACCUUGUUUUGUGUACAUUAUCUUAUCAAAGUUAUAACGUAAGAGAAAAAAAUUAAUUUCUGAAAUCAGCAUUAAAAACAUGCUCUACACGUACAAUAAAAGGUUGCACAUUAAUUUUUAAUCAGCGACAAUAAUAAUGACACUUUUUAAAAAUAAGUUGCGAGACUUUGUCGUGUUAUUAAACUUGCCAUUAAAUUAAAAAGAAAAUACUUUAUAGAACUUAAGGAAAUUAUAAAUAUAAUACACAUGACUUCUUUCGUUUAUAUUUAAGUUUUUACUUGCGUAUGAAGUAAUGCGUUUCUAGAGUUUAAGGGAUCGCCGUUUGUUUGAGAAAUAUCUAUUUUAUUUUGAUUGCUGAAUGUCAGUUUUGGAAUUAAAAAUUUUUACAUACAGAAAAUACACCGUAUCCCUUAAAAGAAAGUAAAUUGUUUUGAGUUUUUGAUUAGAAAGAAAAUUAAUUUUAACGUAAGUUUGGUGAAUAUGUAAUUUAUUUUUUGAAAGCAAAAUGCUUUGAGGGCGUUUAAAAAUUACACUGGUAGAAAUUGUUUAAUGUAUAGUGAA